AUGGAAGAGAACCCCAUCCAUCCCAUCAUCUUGGAGAGGCCAUUUUUAGCCACAGCCAAGGCGCUUAUAGAUGUGGAGCGAGGAGAGCUAGUAUUAAAGAUACACGAUGAACAGCUCACCUUCAACGUUUUCAAACCAUCACAAGAAGCAUAUCAUGAUAACAAAGAGUCAGAGGAAGAUCACAAUGAGGGGCUGAUGGAAGAGACAAACAUGGGAACACAAGCACCACACCUGAAAAUUCCCAUUGGUGACAACCAACGUGAUCAGAAGGAGCAACAGCCAAGUGAGUUCAACAUUGAAAUUAGAGACAAAAAAGGUGUGGAGAACAAGGUGACAGACCAUCUAUCCAGAAUCCCUUGUGAGAAGGAUGAUGCCCAUGAUACAAGUGUAAAUGAAUUCUUCCUAGAUGAGCAGCUAAUGAUGAUUCAUAAAGCACCUUGGUUUGCGGAUAUUGCCAAUUUUAAAGCAGCCGGUGACUUACCCCCUGGAAUCAACAAAUAUCAAAGAAGGAAGCUCAUCAAUGAUGCCAAGUAUUUCAUUUGGGAUGAACCCUAUCUCUUUAAGAAAUACUCAGAUGGAAUCCUUAGGAGGUGCAUCUUAGAAGAAGAAGGACGAAGGGUCCUGUGGAGUUGCCAUAGUGCUAGUUAUGGAGGUCACUUUGGAGGAGAAAGAACUGCCGCAAAGGUGCUGCAAUGUGGGUUCUUCUAG